ACUAAGUUCCGCAGAUUCAUAAUGGCGCAUAAUCUCGGAAAUGGUCUAUUUAGGAAACGGUUUCCCAUUUGGGAAACCUUUACCCCAAACAGGCCAGAAAUACGGCAAUGGUUUCCCAUUAUGGAAACCACCAAAAUAAAAAGGAAUCUGCGCAUGAGCUGAUUAACAAGCGCACUACAAAUUUUUAACCAAUAGAAAGGGAAUAUUUUCCCGCGAAUUUUCACCGAAAGAAAAAAAAUUAUUGUAGCCUCUUUCUGCAAUUCCGUAAAAUGGUUCUGAGAAUGGGUAACGGUUUCCCAAAAGAGAAACCCAAGUUAAAAUCAAAAAAAAUAGUUUAGGAAAGAGUUUUCUAUAUAUAUGGGAAACCAUUUCCCGGUAUGACAUGGGAAUUUCCCUAUAAAACAUGGGAAAUUGUUUCCCUUUUAGUGUCAUCUCCCGAACUGAUAUAUCAGGGUCAGAAGUUCAUCUGUUUCGCUAUGAUCGUUUGAAACAUUAUUCGAUUUUUAAAUUCGAAAACGUUGCAUUGUUAUCUUGCACGGAACGUUUGUGCACUGGAAGGGUUGCUGAAUACAAUAGACUAAAUAGCUGAUUUGCUAUGAUGCAUUACAAACUGUGCAUUGUGGAUAUUUAGCAAUAAACUUUUUUGUGGGACUUAACGAUUUCUAAUGUCUGGUAUACUAGUUCCCCUGGUAUAUACUUCUGACAUUGCAAAGCAAGUUUAGCAGAUUUAGCUUUUUACAUAACCGUUGUUAGACACCUUCGAUUCUGUUAGACCCUUUGCAUUUUUAUAUAUCUUAUUUAUUGUUGGACCUGCUUAUAUUUUUGAAAGGUUUUGUUUUAGCGGUUAUAAAUAUAAUGCAGAUUGUGAGCAAUAUUUGGCCGUUUCUAUCAGAGCUAAAUUUUCCUUAAAUAUUGAGUUUGUAUUUGUGUCUUGAACCAGAAAAUAAUUUCUUUAAGAAGCACUUUUUUAGUAAGAAAAUACUCUGAACAAUAGGUCAGAAGGUAAGAAUAUCCUAAGAAUAUAUCUAGACUUGAUUGAGUGUUCUCUGGAUAAAAGUCCAAUCAGUUUUUUACUUCGAUAACUAAACUUUGCUUCAUCCCAAAGAAAACAAAUUGAUAAUGUAUAGCUAGCUACAAUUGUCUGAUACAUUUCCAAUCAGUUCUCUUUUUGACGUUAUAUCAUCUACGUUUUUCUUCUUUGUAUUAAAUAUUUCUAACAACAACAUAAAUUUUUUAUACUCGCUCGACAACAAGAGCCGCUCUACAACAACAGUUUUGUUUUUUACGCUUUAGAUUCGAAUUACCAUUCGAAUUCGAUAAUUUUUUUUAAAAAAGAAAGCAACCUCGUUCCCAGAACACAAAAAUAAUAAAAGAAACAAAUCAGCUUUAAUUUAACAACAUGAUGAGUAAACAUUGUUUGAAAUAACUUUUUUCAGGAUUACUUUGAAAAAGAGACAACCUUCCUUGCUUUGGUUUUCUUUUUUCAGUUGAUAAACUUUAUUUCCGUGAGAUACGGCCCAUGGUAAACCGGGGGGUAAAAUUAAAUCUAUCUAUAACGACCAACGGGGCUUUUAAAACAUUAUUAUUAUUUUUUUAUUGCUGCAAAUGCUUAUAUUUUUGGACGUUUUGUUUCACUGGUUAUGAAUAUAGAAUAAUGCAAAUUGUGACUUUAAAAAAUUCAAAUUACUGUAUUCUAUGUUUUUAUUUGGCAGUUUCUUUCAGAGCUAAACUAAACCAUGGCAAACAAGUAUCCGACACCAUCAAAAACCAUGAAUCAGAUCGCAUCCAACGGUUUUUGGUUAUUGAAACAACUAAAAAUGUUGGUGCUAUAGAUCUACACGAGAAAGCCCAUAAAAUUUAUUGGGAUGUUACUGGUGUGCCAUAUAUGGUAUUAGGAAGAAGGUAUUUGGAUUGCCACUAUGGAAAAGAUCGACAGAAAUUAAAAAAAGAAAAGUUAAAGAAGAUUUGUUCACCUAAUAGUAUGUUUCUCAAGUUAAAAGCAGUUAAUUUUACUCGAGUUGAAAAAGUGAAAGUUGCUUUAAGAGUUGUGGCUACUUUUCCUGCGACUUCUUGUAAAGUUUAAAGAACAUUUCCAGUCAUGUAGAGAUCAAAAACAGUCGUUUGUAGUACUAUGGAUUCAGGAAAACCAAAUGGUUCAGCUUAAAAAGUAUGUGCAUCAAACCUUUA